CAAUUUCUUCUUCAUCAAAGUUAGAUGUUGGUAGACGACGAAGAUAGAAACUGCUGGCAGUGAGCCAUAUCUAUUGAAGUAUGGCAGUUCCUGGAUUUAUCCUUGUUGUCUGCAUUCUCCUGUUGCACAUUAGUUCCGUGACUAAUUAUCCCAAUGGAAAAGUGACAAACUCGUGUCAUGGAAUGAUGCCUAUACAUGGUCAUAAUCCACUCCUCGAUCCCAUUCACAACAUUGCAGUGAGUCAAGCAACAUUCAGACCAGGAGAUCAGAUUAAAGUCACGUUGUCAGGGCCCCCCUUUAAAGGCUUUCUCCUGGAAGCACGAAAUGCUGAGGAUUUGAAUGGCCCUCCUAUUGGCUCUUUCACAUUGAUUGACAGUCAGGAAGCACAGCUUCUUACUUGUGAAGAUGUACAGGGAUCAGCUGUGAGUCAUACAAGCCCAUCCAAGAAAACAGAAAUUAAUGUUGACUGGAAUGCUCCAAGCAGUGCCCCAAAUCACAUACAGUUUUUAGCUACAGUUGUUGAGAAGUAUAAAAUCUACUGGGUUAAGAUUCCUGGUCCCAUCAUCUCGCAGCCGGAUGCACCUCCUUUUACAACUCCUGAAGCUACAAGACUACCUUUAUCGACAUCAGCUCCAGUCUCCCAUUUAACCGAAUCAUUCAAUGCUUCAGAUUGUGGGAAGAAAAAAUUCUGCAUCAGAAGUCCUCUGAACUGUGACCCCAAGAAGGAUCAUACCUGCCUCUUCUUGUCCUUCACUCGAGAUGACCAGUCAGUGAAGAUCGAAAUGAGUGGUCCCAGUGAAGGCUAUUUAUCCUUCGCAUUUUCUCAUGACCGAUGGAUGGGUGAUGAUGAUGCGUAUAUGUGUAUUCGUGAAGAUCAGACUGUGCACCUAAAACCUUCCCAUUUGACAGGUCGAGAGCAUCCUAUUAUGGACUCAGAGGUUUCUCUUGAGGAUAUGGCUUGGAGGUUGGCGGAUGGUUUUAUGCAGUGUUCCUUCAGAAGAAACAUUACCCUUCCUGGUUUUAACAAUAGAUUUGAUCUAAACGCAAGUUACUACAUAUUUCUAGCAAAUGGUGCUACUGCUGAUGGUCGAAUUCAUAAGCAUUCUCAGCAACCUUUGAUUACACACGAAAAGUACAAUGUGACAGACAAUCCAAAGAACGUAGGUGGCUCGCAUUCUGUACUCCUUCUGAAGGCUCAUGGUGCCUUGAUGUUUGUGGCAUGGAUGACGACUGUUAGCAUAGGUGUACUCACUGCCCGGUUCUUCAAACCUGUUUGGUCACAGAUUUUCUUUGGGAAAGCAGUUUGGUUUCAGGUGCAUCGACUGCUCAUGAUCACCACGUCUGCGCUCACCUGCAUUGCUGUCAUUCUGCCUUUUGUUUACAGGGGAGGCUGGAGCUGGCAUGCAGGAUAUCACCCCUACCUUGGCUGUGUAGUGAUGGUUUUAGCAGUUCUUCAGCCUCUCCUGGCAACCUUCAGACCACCUUUACAACACCCCAGAAGACAAGUAUUUAACUGGACUCAUUGGAGUAUUGGAACAGCUGCUCGAAUAAUAGCAGUGACUACAAUAUUCCUGGGAAUGGAUUUAUCAGGAUUAAAUCUCCCUGACCCUUGGACAACCUAUACAAUGAUUGGAUUUGUAGCCUGGCAUGUUGGGACUGAGAUUAUUUUGGAGAUACAUGCUUACCGACUCUCUCAGAAAGCUGAAAUAUUGGAUGAUACCAGAAUUCAGAUCAUGCAAUCAUUUACUGUAGCUGAAGCAGAAGGUCAUGGUUUUAAAAAGUUUUUGUUAGCAAUUUAUAUCUGCGGGAAUGUGACUUUUCUCAUUAUAUUCUUAUCUGCAAUCAACUAUCUAUGAGGAGGCAAAGACCUUGGCUUUUGAAGACUGGAGGAUAAUUAUCCUCAAACCGAAGAAAACUGAAACAUGUAGGACUACCUGGAGCAAACUUGUGAACUUGAACUUAGGAGAGGUCCAGCUGAGGUCCACAGAGGAAUUGGGAAGCCUGGUCACUAGAAAUCAACCUUCUGCAGGGCUGUCAACGGAUGUCAAGCCUUUACAUGCAAUUUGGUCUUGGAGUGAAAAUUUUCCUUGAGAGAUGACCCUCAACUAUGUAUGCAGAGAUUUUAAGAAUGUUAGCAUUUAUGACAAUAAAUAAAAACUAUUGGGGGAAACAAAAAGUUAUCAUUAGAUUAAAAAAGGGAAAGGAAGGGAAAUAUAUGAAGGGAAAUAUAUUUAGAACUACAAAAUGCUCAAAAAGUACCGUAAAGAAAACAUUUUUUUUUAGCUAGUAGUUGAUCUGAACAGUCUAUCUUAGGAUCUCAGGAGAAAUGAUGUUUUCAUUUCAGGUUUUUACAUGCUCUUCAUUAUAUGCAUUUUAUUACUUCUUUGGUAAUGGAGUUUGCUUUACCCAUUGUUGGGUUAACAAAUAUGUGAAUAAAUUAUGAAUAUUAUAACUUCUUUGACAGAAACAAAAUUCAAGUGUUCAUCUUCUACUCAGAGACCAAAAUAUGUUCAUCUUCACAGCUGAAAUGGGAUUUUUUGCUAAUUAUUUCUUUAAUUAAAUAUUAUUUUCUUACCAUUGGUUUAUAAUACUAUAGAAGUUUACGUGUUCAACAUCAUACCUCUUAUGUACAUUUGUUUUGACUGUAUGAUGUAGGGUAACACUGUCCUCCCAUUGUUCAUCGAUUUGCUCAAGCGGGCACCAGGAACGUCUCUAUUGUGAGACUUGUUAUAGCCUUGAAUCAUGGUGGGCUUGAAUUUUUUUUUUUUGGUGGGCUUGAAUUUUAUGGUUAAAUAAACCUCAACUAUGAAACACCUUACUGAUUGUAGAAUUGCAAUGAAGACAUCUAGCCAGUAGAUGGCACCAUAAUACCAAAAUACUGUUUUGUUCCCAUGAGCUAUGAUUCUGUUAGUAUUUAGGUAAUGCCACGCAUUUCCCUGAAGAUUCACCAAUUCUUAAGAUACAUUUGAAAAAUCUGUGUUUUUCUUUUGAGGUCUUGGACUAAGAGAAAAUUAGGGAUCAGUAUUAUUAUUUUCUGGUUUAGUUUCUGUUUGCAUUCUAGCCAUUGUAAUUACUUGAUAUUGUUUCCUAUUUCUCUUUAUGUUCUUCUCACCUUGUAACAAAUGAAUAUGAUGAUACCGGGCAAGAGAACCAAAUGGAAAUUCUUUUUUAAAAUUAAAUGAAUUUUUUCUCUUUGUAUCUCUGUUUUUGUUGCAGUACUGUGAUUUACAAUACUGUUUUUGAUGGUUUCUUGCAGACAUCGUUCCAGCGUAAUACCCACCAUCAGAGUACCCACUUCCCUAAAUUGGAGAUUCUUAAUGAAAGUAUUUUUUUGGGUUCACACUUUCUGGCACUCAGGCAGAGAUGACAGCUGGGGCCCCUGGGUACCAAGCAUCAGUUCCUUCCAUUUGAGCACUCUCCUGGGACCCUGCAAGAUGGAGAUUCUUAAAAACAUUUAGGGAGAUCUGUUCUAUUUCUUGAAGUAUUUUUCUGGUUAUAUUCUAGUUUCUGCUUGACACAAAGACCUAACUUCUUUUUUCUUUUUUGGGGAGGACCACUCUCAGCUGUGCUUAAAGCUUAUUCCUGAUUUUGCACUCAGGGAUCACUUUUGGGCUCAAGGGACCAUAUGGGGUGCCGAGGAUCGAACCCCAAUCAUCUCUGUGCAAGGGAAGCACUUUCCCCACUGUACUACCUCUCUGAUCCUCAAGGACCUAACUUCUUUCUUUUUUUAAAAAAAAUUACUGAAUCACUGUGAGUUACAAAGUUAUUCAUGGUUGAGUUUCAGGCAUACAGUAUUCCAGCACCUAUCGCUGGACCAGUGUCCACUUCCCUCCACCAAUGUUCCCAGUUUUCCUCCCGACCCCUAA